AUGGCUUCAAACAAUUGUACCCACUUCCAUAUUCUUAUCUUGUUCUUGUUCUUAAUCUGUUUACCUUUCUCAAACUCCAUUGAUUUCAAUUACCCUGCAGUUUUCAACUUUGGAGAUUCGAAUUCCGAUACAGGUGAUCUUGUUGCUGGCAUGGGCGAGCAGCUCGAUCCACCAAAUGGACAGAUUUACUUCCAGAAACCAUCUGGGAGAUUCUGCGAUGGCCGUCUGAUCAUCGAUUUUUUGAUGGAUGCAAUGGACUUGCCAUUUUUGAAUGCAUAUUUGGAAGCUAUUGGAGCACCAAAUUUUAGAAAAGGAUGCAACUUUGCAGCUGCAGGUUCUACCAUACUUCCAGCUACUGCAUCUUCAGUUAGCCCAUUUUCAUUUGGGAUUCAAGUGGCUCAAUUUUUCAGAUUCAAGUCUCGAGUUCAAGAACUGCAGGCAAAAACAAGAAAAUAUGAUAAGAUCAUUCCAGCUCAAGAUUAUUUUCAGAAGGGGCUUUACAUGUUUGAUAUAGGCCAGAAUGAUCUGGCAGGAGCCUUCUAUUCUAAGACCUUUGAUCAAGUUCUAGCUUUAAUUCCAACAAUUCUAUCAGAAUUUGAAGAUGGCAUCAAGAACUUAUACGACCAACAGGCAAGAAAUUUUUGGAUUCAUAACACAGGUCCCCUGGGUUGCUUACCGCAGAAUGUAGCCAAAUUUGGAACUGAUCCAUCAAAGCUUGAUGAACUUGGAUGUGUCAGCACCCACAAUCAAGCUUCAAGACUUCUCAAUCUGCAACUUCAUGCACUCACUACAAAGUUGCAAGGCCAAUAUCCAGAUGCAAAUUUCACACAUGUAGAUAUUUUCACAAUCAAGUCUAAUCUCAUAUCAAACUAUUCUCGAUAUGGAUUUGAACAGCCAAUAAUGGCAUGCUGUGGAUAUGGAGGUCCACCCUUGAACUACGACAGUAGAAUUGCCUGUGGACAAACUAAGGUAUUGAAUGGAAGUUCAGUCACAGCCAGAGGUUGUAAUGACAGCACAGAAUAUGUGAAUUGGGAUGGGAUUCACUACACUGAGGCUUCAAAUCAGUAUGUUGCAUCACAGAUUCUCACUGGAAAAUACUCUGAUCCACCAUUUUCAGACAAAAUGCCUUUCCUCUUAAAACUUAAAUUCUAA